AUGUCUUCGCGACAGACCUCGCCGCGUUCUUCAGAGCGCACCCCUCUUCUUCCCCGGCCCGAAGACGACUCGGCAGCCAGUUACACUGGCCAACCUGACGAUGCAGCCUCAAUAGCUGGCUCCGGAGCAUCGGACUUGGGGUCUGAAGAAGGCAAAAAGCGCAAGAGAUGGCCAACAGUUGUUGCUUUAUCUGUACUAUGUCUCGCAGUGGUGGUCGCAUGUUUCGGGUUCGCCCUUCCGUCGGCCGUGGAGGAAUAUGCCAAAGAAGGCGUCGUGUUCAAUCCCACGAAUAUAUCCAUCGAUUCCUUCACUUCUCUGGGAAUCCGGGCUCGAGUUCAAGGUGACUUUUAUCUCGACGCCUCGCGAGUCCGUCAUAAACCCACCCGCGACCUGGGCAGGUUUGGAACAUGGAUUGCAAGAGAGGUAGAGAGCGGAGAGUCUCUUGUGAGGGUCUAUUUGCCCGACUACGACAAUGUCUUGGUGGGCACAUUGACAAUGCCUCCACUCAAACUCAACAUUCGAAAUCGCCAUUAUAACCAUGUCGAUAUUCUAGCGGACUUGGAACCGGGCGACGUGGAUGGCAUCCGAAGAGUUGCCAAAGACUUUAUGGAUGGGAAGUUGAAGGAAAUCACUGCCAGAGCCGUUGCUACAGUCCCUGUCCGGAGUGGUCUACUCAGAUUGGGUGACCAGACGGUUGCGCAAAUCUUGAAGUUCGAGGGCCGUGAUGUCCCAUCUGUUCCGGACUUUGACCUUCGAGAGGUUCGCUUUGCCGAGUACGGAAUGCCAGGUCAUCCGGAAGGUGUCAAGGCAAUGGCUGUGGUUUCCAUCCUAAACGAUUUCCCUCUCAAGUUCGAUGUUUCCAGUUUGAAAUUUGAGGUCCUUCUUCCGGACUGCCAGAAUGAAUAUCUACGUGUUGCGACUGCAAGGACCGAUGAUAUACAUAUUCUGCCGCAGAAGAAUAUCACCGCAAGUAUCACGGCAUUGGUAAGCCAACUGCCCACGUCUCUCACCGAAGUAUGUCCAAACUCGAAGAUAUCCCCGCUGGACAGUUUUAUUGGAGAUUACCUAGCAGGACGAGAAACCACCGUGUACAUCCGAGGUGGUGAACAGGAUGAAAAUACACCUGAAUGGAUAGGAAAGAUCUUACGGGAGACGACCAUGCCUUUCUCCGUACCGGGCCAUACCUUUGACAACCUGAUCAAGAACUUUACGCUGGCAGAUGUGCAUUUCUCUCUACCUGAUCCCGUAUCACAAAGCUCACCGAAGCUGUCGGCGGUGGUGAAAGUCUUGGUCGGCCUGCCGCCGGACAUGAAUAUCAACCUGGACGUAAACAAAGUCCGGGCAGACUCGGAAGUUUUCUACAAGGGGGAUUUAUUGGGCUCGUUGGAUCUGAGCAAAUGGCAGAAAGCCAAUGCCACCAAGAUCGAAAAUGACCUUUUGGUCCAAUCCAUCGUCAAGGAUGCGCCCUUGAAGAUCAAGAACGACUCGGUUUUUGCCGGUGUGGUCCACGACCUCGUUUUCGGGAAAGGAGCCAGCUUGACGGUUCAUGCUAGUGUUGAUGUCGACACUUUGACUGCACUGGGCGAAUUUGUCGUGCGGAAGAUUCCCGCGCAGGGCAACAUCUUCAUAAAUCCUCUCUCCGGAGGAGAUUUUCAAAUGCCAGAAAUCAGUGGUAUGGAAGUCGUCAAUACUUCGAAAUCCGCAUUAACUCUGCAGGCCAGGGUUAAUGUGACGAAUCCCACCGAUUACUCCGUAUCGAUACCUUAUUGCAAUGUCAGUCUCUGGGUCAACAACACUCGAGUGGGCUAUGCAUGGCUCUCGGCGAAUGUGGUCCCCGGUCCAAACGAGAUUAUCGCGAAUGCGGCUUGGGAAGUCGGCAAAGUGGGCGGCGAAUGGUUGUCGCAGUACAUUUCCGGCCAUAACACGACAUUGACCGUCACCAGUCACGCAGACACGAUCCCCGGGUUUCCAGAUCCAAAGAUGAACAUGACGGUGCCGACCCCGAGGAUGUUCGGACAUUUUCUGAAGGAGACGACGAUGCAUAUUUUGUCGUCCACCGCUACAUUUGUUCUGGUCUCGCCGUUUGCCAUGUAUAUCAAUAGCAUUGCUGCCAACGCGUAUCACAACGGCAGUGUGAUCGGCACAAUCGAUUGGGACUAUCCCUUCGCCAUCGUAGCUGGAGAAAACCUAACACCCAGACUGCCCGUGGACUGGAACAGUAAUGCCCUAGGAACUAUUAGAGAAGCUCUUGGGGGUAGCUUGAAAGUCGAUGCGAGAGCUGACGUGGGUGUCAGGAUAGGUGAAUGGCAGGAACAGAUCUGGUACGAGGGCCAUGGACUUCGAGCGAAGAUUCGAUUAUGA